UUCAUCUUGAUCUUUGGUUCAACUCUUCUUCUAUGCUGCAGAUCUACACUGUGGGUGUUUCAGUAUUUCUAGGCGGUAAUAAGCCCUCAGGAACUGCUAAUGUUCGUGGAGAUAUAAGAAUAAAUUUUUCUUGUGAUCCAGAAAUCUCCUCGAAGCUGGUUGAUCUUACUUUGGAUGAAAUGAAAAUGGGAUCCAGGAGAAUUACUACUGGCUGGAGAGGAUUUUGCACAGCUACCAGUCAAAGAUCUACACUGGUGAUGUUGGGACUUGUUUUGAGUGAAGGAUGCUCGUUGCUGUCAAGGAAGUUUCCUUGCUUGAUCAAGGACACAAGGGGAGAGAAAGAGUUUUCCAACUUGAACAGGAGAUUGCUCUUCUGAUUCAGUUUGAAUAUGAGAACAUAGUUCAGUAUUAUGGCACUGAUAAGGUUGUUAAUCGUAAAAGUGAAGGUUAUGGCCUUUCAGCUGAUAUAUGGAGUCUUGGAUAUACUGUGUUGGAGAUGUCAGCUGGGAUGAAUCCAUAGUCUAAUCUUGACCGGAUGAAAGCAUUAUGGAAAAUUGGAAAGGGGGAGCCCCCACUGGUACCUGAUUCUCUGUCAAGAGACGCACAAGUUUUUAUCCGUCAAUGCUUACAACCUAAGCCAGAUAAUCGCCCCACUGCUGCUCAGCUUUUACAACAUCCAUUUAUAUCUAGGCCGCCUCCUCAUGCGUCUUCUGGAUCAGUAUCUAGAAAUUGAAAUAGUAAUUUAAUCGCACUACAUGAUUGCAAUUGUACAAGGGUCUAAUCAUAUAUACAAAUUGUAAUUGUUAUACAAUCAAGAUCCUAUAAACUUUCCUUGCUGGAA